AUGACUCCCUCCCCGAAGCGCACGGUGCUCAUCACGGGCUGUUCCGCGGGCGGCAUCGGCGACUACCUCGCGCAGGCCUUCCACGCCCGGGGCGACUGCCGGGUCUUUGCGACGGCGCGGAACCCGUCCAAGAUGUCGCACCUCGCCGCGCUGGGCAUCGAGACGCUGGCGCUCGACGUGACGUCCGCCGAGUCGAUUGCCAGCUGCGUGGGCAAGGUCGCGGCCGAGACGAACGGGCGAGGGCUGGACGUGCUUGUCAACAACGCGGGCAACGGAUCCCCAGGCCCCCUGAUGGAGACGGAUAUGGAAGCCGCACGACACGUCAUGGAGCUCAACUUCUGGGCCGUGCUCGAGACGACGCGCGGAUUCCUGCCGCUGCUGAUCAAGAGCGGGCGCGGCGUCAUUGUCAAUAACACGUCUGCCGGUUCUAGCAUCCUGCUGCUCUGGGCGGGCGUGUACAGCCUCGCUAAGGCCGCCACCGCCAUGAUGUGCGAGGUGCUGCGGCUCGAGCUCGAGCCGCUCGGGGUGCAGGUCGUCGACAUCAAGACGGGCGGCGUCAAGACCAACUUCCACAGCAACCAGCUCGGCGACAGCCGGGAUCCGACGCUGGUGCCCGGGAGCCUGUACGAGACGGCGAGGAAGGAGAUCGAGGCGCACAUGGGCGGAAAGGAGCUGCGUGAGGGCGCGGUCGAGGUGGACGUCUAUGCGACCAAGGUGGUGGCCGACCUGCUCGGCGGCAAGCGGGCGCCGAGGUUCGUGUGGCAGGGUGCGGGGAGCCGCCUCUUGUGGAUGAGCCUGACCUUUUUCCCGAGCUCGGUCAUGGAUAUGUUGGUCCGGCAGGUCAGCAAGCUGGACGUGAUUGAGAAGGUGAUGAAGGAUGCCAGGCGUGUCGGGGGGAAGCCUUGA